AUGAGCACAGUAAGUCGGCUCGGGUUUACCGAGCUUGGGGUCAAGGGACGCGACGGGCCGUUCCGCUACAAUGUCAUCUUCGUUCAUGGCCUCAAAGGUCACCCCAAACAUACGUGGGGACGCGAGACGACUGGAGGGAAUACGGCCCAUCAAAGGAUAGAUAUUGGCUUCAAUAGAAAAAGGGCGUCUAUCAGGUCUCUCCUCAAGAGUGGGAAGACCACCAGUACCGCUCUCUCGGAAGCUGGGGGCCAACCCAAGCCAUUCUGGCCGGAAGAGUUUCUUACUCGAGAUCUUCCGGAUGCGCGGAUAUGGACCUAUGGGUAUAACGCAGAUGUCAUCCAGGGAAUGUUCCGCGCGGGAAACCAAAACAGUAUCUCGCAGCACGGGAGAGAUUUGUCCGCCCAGUUUGAACGCGAUGUCGCCAACAAAGACCCGGUCGUUUUCAUAGCUCACAGUCUGGGCGGCAUUCUGAUUAAAAGUGUUAUUCAUUUGUCAGAAAAAUGUCGAUCACGAACGAGGCUCGUUAUUUUUCUCGGAACUCCUCAUCGAGGCAGCAGAGUUGCAGACUGGGGGAAAAUAGUAUCCAACUUGUCUCGAGUUGCAUUACAGCAACCAAACUCCAGGAUUCUCAGAGGCCUGCAAGUAGAUAGCGAGGUCCUUGAGAACAUUCAUGAGGAGUUCAAAGUACAUGUUCACAAAUGUGGAUUCAAGAUCUACUCAUUCCAGGAGGGUCGUGCGCCGGAAACGCUGGGCAUCAGUCACAAGAUUGUCGAUGACUUCUCGUCCAAGAUGGACCUUCACCGUGGACUGGAGACCAUCCAAAGUAUGGAUGCCGACCAUAGACAGAUUGCAAAAUGCAGCAAUAAGGAGGACCCCCGCUACCGUGCUAUUCUCGGAGUCUUGAAACAAUUCGUUAGUGAAGAAAUCGAUUGCCUGGCAGGGGAAGGAAUCUCACACAUUGAAUCGAAGAGUUCUACGGCUAGUGGCAAACAUCCUACCGAUUAUACGGAUGGUAACGCCAAUGUACAGCCAAUAGCCCAAGAGGCUGGUCCUAAGCCAACCUUAAAUCCUAUCUACUAUCUGCCAUUUACUGCAAACAGAAAGUUCACUGGUCGAGAGAGCGUGUUGCAAGCUAUUCAGAAAAAGCUCUUCUCUGACCCUCCAUGCCAAAGAAUUGCAUUAGAUGGCCUAGGGGGUGUCGGUAAAACCCAGGUAGCCCUCCAGUUUGCCCAUUGGAUGAAGACCAACCAUCCGACAUACUCCGUCUUCUGGAUUCCGGUACUCAGUGAAGCGAGCUUUGAGCAAGCGUAUAUGGAAAUUGGCAAGCUGCUGUCUGUACCGCGCGAAAGCGACGAGGACUACAAGAAAACCGUCCAGCGAUACCUCUCGUCAGAGACAGCGGGCAAGUGGCUGCUCAUUAUAGACAAUGCUGAUGACAAGACUAUGAUAUUUGGGGCACUUGGGAAACCGGGAUUAAUAAACUUUCUGCCCCAAAGCGACCAUGGCCUGUUUCUGCUCACGAGCAGAGUCAGAGAGAUAGCCAUCUUAUUUGCAGAAACAGAUGUCAUUAGUAUACCUGAGAUGAACUCACACGAAGCAAGAGCCCUUCUGGAUAAAAGUGUGAUCACAAGGGAGGAAGGUCUUGACGAACACGCUGAUCAGCUUUUGAAGGAGUUGAGCUAUCUACCUCUGGGUAUUACACAAGCUGCUGCAUAUCUCAAUCGGAACUCAAAUAUCUCCCCGAGGAGAUACCUGGAUCUUUUACGCGGGGCAGAGAUCGAGAAAGCCCAGGUCUUAAGUCGAGGGUUUCAUGACCAACGGAGAUAUUCAGGGCUAUCAAACGAUAUAAUGUCAACCUGGCUGGUAUCGUUUAGCCAGAUUGCUAAAGAGGACCUGUUUGCUUUCAAGCUGCUUUCGUUUAUCGCGUGCAUUGAGCCACGAGCUAUCCCAAAGAUAAUUCUGCCCUUUGGAAACUCGGAGGAAGAGAUGGAAAACGCGAUAGGAACCCUCUGCGGUUACUCGUUUCUAACCCAAAGGCACGAUCCGAAUACGUUUGACAUGCACAGACUGGUUCAUCUGGCAACUAUUAGAUGGUUAGAAGGUCAAGGUAUGAUGCAGGGGAAUUUGACGAAUGCAACUCAAGGGAUUUUCGAGAACAUGGCAAAGCAGUCAGCCACUGAUCAAUUCUUGGACCAUCCAGAAUGGAGACAAAUAUUGCCCCAUGGGGUAAGACUGAUAAGUCAAAGCGAACCUCUCUGCAGCCAAGAUUUAUGCAACUUAGCUGACUAUGUUGGCAUAUGUUUGCUCACGGAAAGGCGGUUCAAGGAGGUCAUAGACUGUCUGCACAAAACUGCAAGCUGGGCAAGGGCAAACCUUGCCUGGGAUAAUAUGCUCUGGCGACAUUUGGAUUUCACGCUUGCACAUGCACUGCUUCAAGAAGAUCGCGUGGACGAGGCAAUUGAAAUCAUCGAGCCAAUUGUCAUUACAAACAAGGAAACCACCAAAGAUGACAAGGAACUCAUUUGCCAUUCGGAACAUUUGCUCGCAAGUGCUUACCUCGAGAAUAAGCGAGUGGAUGAGGCCAUAGAGAUGUUUGAGGCCAUGCACAAGAAUAUUGGAGAGGAUACAUCGGAUUUCAAAUUUAGUUACGAUCAAAUCGGGCAUCAACUUGCCAGUGCCUACAUUGAGGCUGGACGUGCCAAAGAGGCAAUCGAGAUCCUUGAACCUAUUGUGGAGGAAAAUCGGCGAACAUCAAGACAAGAGGAUCGAGAUCGACUUUCCUCGGAGCAUGAACUUGGUAGGGCAUAUCUCCGAGACGAUCGAAUUCAUGAAGCAAUUGAAAUCCUCGAGCAUGUGAUCAAUGUUCAAAAAGAGCAUCAGAAGGAGGAUGACCGUGCACGACUUGCCUCAGAACAUGAACUCGGUCUGGCUUGUCGGAAAGCCAAGCGCUUGAAAGAGGCUAUUGAGGUGUUGGAACAUGCUGUUAAGUUCCGAAAAGCCGAAUUGGGUGAGGAGAACCACCUCGCCCUCGUGUCGGAGCAUGAGCUUGCACUUGCAUAUCUGGAAGAUGGGCGUGUCGAAGAGUCUAUCAAAAUAUUGAAACGCUUGGUUCGCAUUAGGAAGGAGACUUUGGAGGAAAAUGACGAAUCACGCUUGGCUUCGGAGAGUGCCCUUCAGAGAGCAUACCGGCAACGUAAACCUUUUAUCGUAAUUUUCACCAAUCAAGUUCCUUGA